AUGUGUGCUCACAAUGUUCAGGUGCUCACAAUAUUCAAGCGCACACAAUAUGAGCUAAUUGAAUUUUCCUCUGGUAUAAAAUUACCAGCAACUUUUGAAUAUAAAGAAGGACGCAAGAUAUAUGUAGCAUUAAUAUUAUCAGCUAAUGAUGUUCCUGCUGCAAGAAAGAUUUGCGGUCAUGCAAGUCAUGCAGUAAAAUGUCAUCGUUGCCCAAAACAUGCUAAAUAUGAUCAUGCAACCAAAAGAAAUCAUUAUG